AUGGCAUUACCUGACCCGACUACUCUGAGUGCUGCCACACGUUUCCGGCCAGCUCACUUCCGCAGCCACUCUCGCUCGCCCUCCAGAUCGCCUGUGCGCAAAGCGAAAUUCACCUCCCAACAUCUCGAUCCGCUGCUGAGCAAUCUUUCGCCCGAAUCUACACUCAAGGCACUGCACGCAACUGAGACUAUACCCAGCGGAUCUUCAGAAGGUGUACUUAGCAGGAGCAUUUCAGAUGCGUCGACGGAAGAGCGAGAGAUUGGCAUAAGAGCUGCAUUUGCUGCUCAGCAGCUCAAAGGAUGGCGGCGAGAGAUCUCUUCAUGGCAGUGGCCGGCGCGCCGUGAGCGUGAGCUUGGUGCAGGCUUUAUGCCACCCGAAUCUGCACUGGAAUAUGAAGACGGCAUUGCGGAUGAGUUCAUUGGCUGCCUACCAGUACGACUUCUCAACGAAUACGACGAAAGGCUCGAAGACAUCAAGGAUGGCCUCGAGAGUCUGGAAAUGGACGACCUGAAAGAUCAUGUCCUCACGGCUCAUGCAAGCUCCCGGCCUCCACCUGCAGCUCGACAGGCGAGUGAUGGUGUCAGAGGCAGCUAUGGCCGAAUGAGGGAUUUCACUGCGCUAGUAACGGCUACCGUUAUACAAGCCUUACCAGAUCUCGCCAUGGUAAAUGCAUUGAUCGAUGUUUGGGACGUCAGAAUUGCUGUCUUGAGAGAGCUCCCGCUGCUGCUAGAUCUGUUUGGCUCGACCAGGGAGAUUUUGGGCAGAGCUGUCAAUUCGUGUCGAGACCAGGGUCAAAGAGAUGAGAUCACAAGAGCCGAUGUUGACCGUAUUUCUGCUGCACUCGGCCCACAGAUCCAGACGCUUGGCCGACAUGUCGAUAAACUACUAGACCUCUUGGAAGGGCACGAAGAUUCUCUGCCUCAAGCGUGGAUUGAUUGGCUCGAGAACAUGGAGCUCGAAUACGCUAGAUGGAAGGCAGAGGCUAGCGAGGCUGCGAAUCACAACGAAGCACGUCUAUCUACGACUGAUGACGCUGGCAAUGAGACUACGGGCAUCGUGGAUCAGCCCGUGCAACCUUCAAAGCUCAAUCUGAAGGUUCCGGCUCACUCGAGGCACAAGAGAGAAAUCUCUGAGGUCUCAAUCGCAGACUCGGUCCUGUCUGAUAUGUCAAUAGGUGAAGUUGUUGAUGCACGGAAGUCGCAGAUCAUGCUCCCAUCCACCAUACAAGUUGUGGACAGCAAGCCAAGCAGCCCUAUCCGGCCGACGGCCAUUCAACGAGCCUCGACUGCAUCCAUCGAAGUCAUCUCCAACAGUCAGCUCAAGCGUCUGGACGUCAGGCGCAGCAUGAGUGCAGACUUGCUGGCAAAGAUGGCAAUGGGUAACGGCACACCGCCAAGGCAGGUGGCCAGCAGUACUGAUUCUGCGAUAGACGACCAAGAAACUCCCCGGGCCGAGCUUGAGUCACCAGACUACUUUUCAAUGGCCGAUCGAAGAAAGUCAACAUCUGCAUUGUCGUCGCCGUCUGCUGUGCCGUCGCCAUCUCUGAUGGUGGCCCCACUGAAAGUGCAGACACAGUUUCCUCCACACAACGGUCGAGCUGCGCCUUUACUCCCUCGCAGGUCGAGCAAGCGUGCAUCUUUUGGUACUUCAACGGCCCUCUCCCCAAUCAUAUCCGCAAGUACAAACGAUAUCGUCAGUCCCGUGUCGCCCAGCGACUCUCCUCUACGAGCUCCUGUGUCUCCUGUGUCUCCAAGUAAAGCCAAUGGCCAAGGCGCAAGCCUUGACGACAAAAUUCAGAAUAUCUUGGAAAAUCUCCCUAGCAAGAUUCGACUGGGUGAUAGCAGGGAUCCAGAUCAGUCUCAGGCAUCUUCAACAGGCUCAACACGAUCAUCUACACCAACACCGGCUUUGAUACCGGAGAUGACCAAGCCAACACGUCGAGGUGCCGCAGAACCAGAUAUUCGUAUUUACCAUCUGCACCAGAAUGGUCCUGGACGUGAUCUGAAGCCCAUCAAGCUCUUUGUGAGAGCUGUUGGGGAGAACGGCGAGCGCGUCAUGGUGCGAGUCGGUGGUGGUUGGGCUGACUUGGCAGAGUAUUUGCGGGAGUAUAGUGCCCAUCAUGGCAGCCGCAGUGCAUCAGAUAAUCUCCUUGAGGUCGCCCAGUAUCCCGUCAAGACCGAGAGGACGCGCAAAGCUUCAUCCCAAAUUCUUGCGCCAACCCAGCCAAAGCUGCCAUCACCAGCGACACUGAAGGCACGACGGCGAAGUCUAUCGACCUCAUCUUCUGGCAGUCGAUCGAGGUCGCCUAGUCCACCUCCUGCAGAGAAGACCACAGCGCCCCCGGUCCCGCCGAUUCCUGCUAGCUACACAAUGUACACCCCGAUCAUGACCGUAUCUACGAAUCGGAAUGGCGAGACGGAGACCACAUUUGAGGAUGGCGAUCCCACCGCGAAGCUUGAAGCCAAGGGACGCAAGUCAAUCGAGCCUGAAGCUGGACCAUACUCCCGAUCGGCCUCGAUCCAAGUGCCUGGUGUGAGCACUAACACUACAGUAGCAUCGCCAGCGGCCAUCGAUCCUACCAAGUACACUCCCCUCGGUGGCGCGGGACCCAAGGGUGCGAAGAAUCGAUCUGCGACGUACGGCGCCGUAGAGAAGAACAACGAUGCUUGGGUCGAAGGGAUGGUCGGUAAAGCCCGAGCUGUCAGCAACACCAUACAUGGUCCGACGACCACGACUACGACGACCGUCACGACGUCAGUGCCCGCGAGCCGGCGCGUCUCUCAUGUGGUCAACCCAGGCCCACAACAGAAGACGGCCCCAACACCGACGCAGAAGGUGGCUGCUCCGCCGAGUCCGGGCGAUGGACAGGGGCUGGUGCGGCGAAAGAGCCGGCUAGGCCUGGGCGAUGUAAGUGGUAUCAAACGUGUGUUUCUACGAAGGAAGAGUACAAAAUGA